UAUUAUACGACUGAAUUAUGUUGAGCGCGCGCUUAAAUGUUGGUAGAACUGUACGUAUGUCUUUUAAUUGGUGUUCCUUUGAUUCGCUCCGGUGCUCAGGGCACGGCGGCGUAAACCAGCUCGGCGGAGUCUUCAUUAACGGGCGCCCGUUACCGCACGUGGUGAGACAGCGUAUUGUGGAGCUCGCGCAACUGGGCGUGCGUCCCUGUGAGAUCUCCCGCCGCCUGCGCGUCAGUCACGGCUGUGUCAGCAAAAUACUGGCCAGGUACAAUGAGACAGGGAGCAUCAGACCAGGAGUGAUUGGAGGCUCCAAGCCAAAAGUGGCCACUCCUAAAGUUGUGCAAAUGAUCCUGCAUCUGAAACACACCAACCCCACCAUGUUCGCCUGGGAGAUCAGAGACAGGCUGGUGCUGGAGCGAGUGUGUGACCAUGACAGCGUGCCCAGCAUCAGCUCCAUCAACAGGAUCAUCAGAAAUAAAGGCCAGUCUGAGUCUUGUGAAGUUGUGGCAUCAGCAUCAUCUGUUGCCGUGGGAACAGCCCAUUCCUCAGAGUCGACCUAUUCCAUCCGUGGGAUUCUGGGGAUCAGAAAACACAGCGGCAAAUAUAAAGAAGUCAGGGACGUCUCCUGCGGCGUGUACCACGAUCAGCCAUGUUCCUGUAAUGACACCUGGGGACGGUGUGACCCCUGCCUGACCUCUAUCUCCAGCCUGACCUUUUACCCCAGCCUGCCAGCUAAUCAUAAUCCAGGUCUGACAGGAUGA